AUGAUCAAUCAAAAGACGCCACUGGAAGAUGGCAGAACAUCCAAAGAAAAACCGCAGUAUAGUGAGCUGUCGUAUCUCGUUACUCGACAAUGUCUGCAACGAGAAGACUUUAAUCAGCUUUCACAGUACGAAAGACUAAAGCCGACUGCUCUCGAUUCUUUUGGAGCCUCCGUGCGAAAGGUCAGGUGUCUUUCAGCAAUCAAAGGAUUUAUUCCGAUUCUACAAUGGCUUCCAACAUAUUCGAUAAAAAACGAUCUACUUAGCGACAUGACGGCGGGAUUGACGGUGGCUGUACUUCAAAUACCUCAAGGAAUGGCGUAUGGAAUAUUGGCAGGUACUGCCGCCAAUGUUGGACUCUAUAUGGCCUUUUUCCACUGUCUUGUAUAUGCUGUGUUCGGUACAUCGCGCCAUAUAUCGAUGGGAACGUUCGCAGUAACAAGUUUGAUGACUGCCAAAAUAGUAGCAACCUAUUCAACAGUUAUACCUACCCUGGCGUCCAACGGUACUGACAGCAUAGGACCGGCGCUGUCUCCAACGGGAGAUGCCAUAUAUACACCGAUACAAGUAGCUACAGCAGCAUCCUUUGUAGCGGGUGUCUUCUACUUCAUCAUGAGUGCCGCUCGAUUGGGAAUCCUAUCGUCGCUCUUGAGUGAACCACUGGUCAGUGGUUUCACUACCGCGGCUGCUGUUCACGUGAUGGUUAGCCAGCUGAAAGAUUUGCUAGGCGUAUCUAUACCACGUUAUAAAGGUACCUUUAAAGUGAUUCUUUCGGUACGGGACAUCAUCGAUCAAGCUCCGAACGCGAAUCUGACGGCCGUCUAUACCUCCUUGGUUGUUAUUCUGUUCAUGAUUUUUAUGAACGAAUAUUUUAAGCCCUGGCUUUCUACCAAGUGCCGAUUUCCAGUACCUGCCGAACUGAUGGCCGUAGUCGGAGGCACCGUGGCCUCCUAUUUAAUUGGGCUUGGGCCGAACUUCGACGUUGGCUUAGUUGGAUUGAUACCAACCGGCCUUCCCGCACCGCAAUUUCCCCCACUUGCGCUUAUAAAGGCCGUUGCCGUUGAUAGCAUAGCAGUAACCAUCGUCGGAUAUUCGAUCGUAAUGUCGAUGGGGAUGAUCUUUGCACAGAAGGACAACUACGAAGUGCGUCCAAAUCAAGAGCUAGUGGCUCUUGGGUUCACCAACAUUGUAGGCUCUAUGUUUUCCUGUAUUCCUACCGCAUGUUCUCUGUCGCGUUCUUUGAUCCAGCAUCAAACGGGAGGCAAAACGCAAAUAGCUGCCGUUUUUUCCUCGUUGAUCAUGCUUGUCGUUCUACUGUGGAUCGGUCCGUACUUCGAAAGCUUGCCCAGAUGCGUCCUGGCAGGUAUUAUUGUCGUUGCACUGAAAGGCAUGCUGAUACAGGUAUAUCACAUCAAAAAAUUUCACCGUGAAGGUAGCCUUGAGUUGUUUGUUUGGUGUGUGACCUUUCUUUCGGUCGUUAUUAUCGAUAUUGAUAUCGGGUUGCUGAUCGGAGUGGUGAUAUCGCUGAUUUCGCUCUACGUGAAAGGCUGGAAAACUUAUUAUAGCUUGCUCGGAACUGUGCCGGAUACUGCUAUCUAUGUUGACAUCGGAAGUCACCAACGUGCCGAGGAACUGCCUCACAUCAAAAUAUUUAAAUACACCGGCUCAAUUAAUUUUGCCAACAAGAGCAAUUUCAAGAAAGCACUAUAUAAAGAAACCAAAGUACUUCAACGCGCCAACGUAUCGCUAGUUCCUCGUUAUAAUGGCGAAACUACGGGACUACAAUGUACCAAAGCGGUUAUUAUUGAUCUGAGUAGUGUUCCUCACGUUGAUACCGCCGCAUGUAAAAUGUUUACAGAAGUUAAAACCAAUUUAGAGAAACUCAACAUCACUCUAUUGCUGGCUACCCCAGCCGACUGUGUGUAUGAUGCGUUAUUGCAUGCGGAAUCAAUAGGAGAAGGAGGCUUUAACAUAUUCCCCACAAUCCACGACGCAGUCAUUUAUGCCCAGGGAAACGAGUCAGCCGUGUAG